GUUCGCGGGAAGCCGGCUGUAUGCGGAUUAAAGCAAGCAUAAUUGGACUGAAGAUUGAACAACUUUCUUUGAUACGAAAUCAGUGUGUCAUCAAUCGAUGCGUUUUAAACUAUUAUGGUUACAAACGCCACAGUGACACAGCUUAAAAUCGCCGUAUUUGCACCACUGCUAUUCUGGCUGCUAUGCUAACAUCCGACGCUCGUUAGCUAGGUUGUCACAUUGGCUAACAGGAGCACUGCUUCAUGCGACUGGGCAGAGAAAAUACUGCUGACUAGAAAGAGACAAAGGGCUGCCGCCGUCAGGCACGAAGUAGACUGUUAAAAUGAGUCUGUUCAAUUUAGACCGUUUUCGUUUCGAGAGGAAGCCAGCGACCGCAACGAACGAAGACAAGGAUAGCGGCUCCAAAAGUCCAGAAUCUGAGAAGGAGAACAAGCCAGCUCAGACGAAACCUGCCAAAGCCCCACCAAAGUCCCAUGCCCGAGGAGUGGUUUUUGAGGAAGUCCUCUCUAUUGACUUAGAGGAGGAUGAGGUCCUCUCUGAACCAAAGAUGAAAAUAACAUCAACUAGAAAGUCCAAUAAUCUCAAAGGGAAAUCAUCCAAAACUGUGGUAUCAGAUCAUACAGAUGAUGAGGAUAACGAAUUGGAGGAAAAAAUUAACAGUCUACUGGAGAUGUUUCCUCAGUUGACUAGGAAGGAGGUUUUAGAGGUCGUUAGGAGCACAAGCACAUUGGAUGGUGCUGUGUCCGUCUGCCUUUUAAGGUUUGGUGAUAAAGAAGCUCCAGAUCAAAGCAGGAAGAGAAAGCUGGAUGGAUCCAGCAGUUCUCAGGACAAUGGUGAGAUUCAGGCCAGCAAGAAGAGGAGACCAUCAGUGAAGGCCUCUGAUGAAGAAGAUAACGAAAGUAAAGAGCCAAGCUGGGAGAAGCAAGAGGCCAUGGUGAGAAGACUGCAGAAAAAGUUCCCUGACCAGGACAAGGAGGAGCUGCGGAUGGUGCUGCAGGAGCACGACUGGAAUGUUGAAGACUCUCUGCAGGUUCUGCAAAUGUUCUCAGACCCAGAUAAUACCAGCUUCAGCUCACCUGAGACAGAAGAAAAGAAAUCCAGGAAAUCAAAGAGCAAAGACAAGUCAAGCAGGGACCACAGAGAGUUGAGGUGCCACAAAGAUCACAGAGAUAGUACAAAUAGGAAGAAUCGUAAGGACUCUAAAGACCACAGAACUAUCAGCGAAACAGAGGGGGACAGUACAGAUGAUACAGAUGCUGCAAAGGACAGUGAAGAUGACUCAGACUCAGAAGACAGCAAAGCUUCCAAACACAGAGGCAGUGCUUCUACUCUGUCUACAUGGCUUAAAAAAAGUUCUGACUCAGUGUCUUCGUCCUCCUCUGUCAAGAAACCAACUACCUCUACCUCCCUGAAGCCGUCCUCCUCUUCCUCUGCUGCCCAGAUGCUGUCCAGAUUUGCCAGUGGGACCAGUAUGGCUAAGAAGCAGGCAGCAGAGAGAAAGAGAAAGGCACGCGCCUCUGAUGAACAUGUCAGUUCGGAGGGGGAAAAUGACGAUGAAGAGGACACAGUUAGCAGCGAGUUUGAGGACUCAGGCGAUGAGCUGGACUCUAAAGGUGGCAUGACGGAAGUGAAGAAGGAGAUACUUUCCUUCUUCCAAGAUGCAACAAUAGAUGAGCUGUCUCUGAUUGCUGGGUGUUCUGUUAAAAAGGCUCAGAAAAUUGUGGAACUGAGGCCCUUCGACAGCUGGCAAAGUCUGGUUGACGUCAUUACUAAGGAAAAUGGACUCUCAGAGGACUUAGUGCUGGGCUGCAGAGUUGUCCUCAAAGAGCGGAAGGUUGUCUUGGGGCUCAUGUCCAAAUGUAAGACCAUUUCCUCAAAAAUGGUCAAACAGGUCACUGAAGUGAUGGAGAAGGGCACAGGGUCCAUGAAACAGCCCAGCAUACUCAAGAGACAGUUCAAGCUGAAACCCUAUCAGCUGAUUGGUCUAAAGUGGCUGCUGCUUCUGCAUGAGCACAAGCUGAGUGGUAUCCUCGCUGAUGAAAUGGGUUUGGGCAAAACUAUCCAGGCUAUAGCAUUUCUGGCCCAGCUAUACCAGAAUGGAAUAGAGGGUCCUCAUCUUAUCACUGUGCCGUCCUCUACACUGGAUAACUGGGUCAGAGAGCUGAAGCUGUGGUGUCCAAGUCUCAAAGUUCUGGUCUAUUAUGGAUCUGUGGAGGACCGCCGCUACCUCAGACACGACAUCCUCAAUGAUGAUGUUGAGUUCAACGUCAUAGUGACCACUUACAACUUGGCCAUAGGAAACGAUAAUGAUCGCAGCCUUUUCCGCAAGCUGCGGCUGAAGUACGCUGUGUUCGAUGAGGGUCACAUGCUGAAGAACAUGAGCACCCUGCGCUACCGCCACCUUAUGGCUAUUAAUGCAGAGCAUCGCUUGCUGCUCACAGGUACUCCUUUACAGAACAACCUCUUAGAGCUGAUGUCUCUGCUGAACUUCAUCAUGCCUUCUAUGUUCUCCAGCUCCACUACACAGCUCUCCAAAAUGUUUUCUGUGAAAUCCCAUGAGGAGCAGAGCCGUUUUGAGAGGGAUCGCAUUUCUCAGGCCAAACUCAUCAUGAAACCGUUUAUCCUCCGAAGAGUCAAGAGCGAGGUCCUCAAGCAACUGCCAGCCAAGGAGGAGAAGGUAGAGUUCUGCUCAAUGAGCGAGAAACAGCAAGUUCUCUACCAGACCCUCUUUAAAAAACUCAAGACUUCCACCAAUGGCGAGAAGCGUGAGUUGUGUAAUGUGAUGAUGCAGCUGAGGAAGAUGGCAAACCAUCCACUGCUUCACAGACAGUACUACACCACAGAAAAGCUCAAAGCCAUGAGCAAACUCAUGCUCAAGGAGCCAACUCACUUUGAUGCAGAAGCUAGUCUGAUCCAGGAGGACAUGGAAGUGAUGUCAGACUUUGAGCUGCAUUGUCUGUGCCAGCAGUACUCCUCCAUCAGCUCCUACCAGCUUGAAAACAAUAUCCUGCUUGACUCUGGGAAAUUCCACCACCUCACAGAACUGCUGGCCUCUCUUAAAAACAAGGGAGACAGAGUGGUAUUAUUCAGUCAGUUCACCAUGAUGCUGGACAUUGUGGAGGUUCUGCUGAAGCAUCUCAAGCACCGUUAUGUCAGACUGGAUGGAUCCACACCCAUUGCAGACAGGAUUGUGUUGAUUGAUGAGUUCAACACAGACACUGACAUAUUUGUGUUCCUGCUGUCGACACGUGCUGGUGGCCUGGGCAUCAACCUCACCUCGGCUAAUGUUGUCAUUCUGCAUGACAUCGACUGCAAUCCCUACAACGACAAACAGGCAGAGGACAGGUGUCACCGUGUAGGGCAGACCAAGACUGUACAGGUGAUUAAGCUCAUCAGUAAGGACAGCAUAGAGGACUGCAUACUGCAGCUGGGCCAGAAGAAACUAAAGCUGGAGCAGGACAUGACUGCUGCUGAAGGAGGUGGUGAGGGAACCAUACCUGAAGAUAUGGCAUCUUUGCUCAAAGCUUCACUGGGACUGUGAUGCAAACAAACACAUGAAACUUGAGACUGUACAAUUACAUUACAUUUUCUGAUGGCAUUCCUGUGAUCCUGAGCAGACUUCAGUGGUCUGACUGAACACGCCACUUUUGCGCCUAUACUGGAAAAACUACUGAGAAUCAUAUGCUGCCAUAAAAAAAAAAAAAAAAAAAAGUUCUGAGAUUUAGAUCUGACUGACUGUGUAGCGUGCUAGCUGUGCCUAAAACACUAUUUUUACAUGCACACAGUUUUUUCUCUUACUUUGUCUACAAGACCAGUAUAUAAAGGCUAAACAAAAAGUUGACCUCGUAAAUUUUAUGCACUCCACAUGCUGCGCAAGAGGCUGCAAGCUGUAGAAACUUGAAAGAACGUGGUGUAAAGGAGUUCAGACCAAACCGUCAUUACUUUACUGCAGCAUGUGUUGAAGUACACCAUCAGACUUGAGAUACUCUGAAUAUUAUGACUGAAACAAAGUAUAAAAGUUUAAUUUCACAUAAAAAAUGUGACGUGAACGCAUCCUGGUAUUAUUCAUAUUUAGAAAAAUGCUGGGAAGGACGAUGAAAGCGCUUAUAUACCGAAAACGUGGUGCACAGGGAAUGGUAGAUUUUCUUUUACCAUCCUUCAUACCAGACAGUGUCACUUCUUGCCUGUCAUACUUGCCAGUUCUUGCAGUUUUUGCUGCUGUGAUUGACUGCAACAUUCGAACAGCAGCAGGAAGAGUGCUGCAGUUCACUUUAUUUUCCUCUGCUACCAUUCCUGUUCAAACAUUUUUGAUAGUUGUGGUUGCAACAAAAAGACAGCCAAGUAUCUGGAAAGUUAUAUUGUCUGUCCCUGUAAGUGUAAUGUGUUGAGUUUGAUCCUGAUGUCAUAUUUUAAGGCUAACGCUGUUACCACCAGUGACAUUUUUCAGCAAAGAUGCAUUUAAGAUAUAACAUAGAAUGUCUUACAUGAAUAUGGUGCUUGAAUUGGUUUCUUUGCCGUUUCUACUCCAUUAAAUAUUGUUCCAUUAAAUAUCUUGAGCCAAGUGACACAGAAGAUGAUUUGGGGAAGCAGCUGCUGCUUUCAUGUACUGUAUAAGUGGCUAAUGUGUUGUAAGUGUACAAGUGUUACUGUAAAAGCUUUUACUAAGUCAUUUGUAUGUUUUUUAGGUUACUGUUUUAACUGAAUAAUAAAUAUUGGAAUAAAUA